UUGUCACUGUCUCCACACGGACACACCCUUUUCGGGAAUCUGAUGUUCAUCUUCCCUCCCUCUCUCUCUCCUUCGACAUCUGUCCCCAUGAAAUUCACCACCUCACUCCACGUGUCCUUCCCCAUUAACAGACUCUCAAACCCCUCUCUUCUUCUUCUUCUUCUUCUUCUCCCCCAACCCUAACAGCCACUGUGUUUUUUGUUCGUUUGUUUUUGACAACAACAGAAACAGAACCGAUUCAGAUUUAUAAUUCCAUAAUUGCCCUCCUCCUCUGGUUGUGAAGUAGGUGAAAGAGAAAAGGGAAUGGAGGUUCCUGUAGGCUUCAUAUCCAAGCUCUGGAGCUUCCUCUCCUUUCUUCCCUUCUUCUUCUCCCUCCUCCUCCUCGGCCUUCUCAAAGGGGUGAUCAUCUGUCCAGUGGUGGGAAUCGUUAUUGGGUUUGGAAAUUCUGCAGUGAUUAUUGGCCUUUGGCCAGCUCACUUCAUCUGGACUUGCUACUGUGUGGCAAAAACCAAAAGGCUUGGAUUGGUCUUGAAGAUUUUGGUACUGGUGUUGCUGCCAGUGCCUCUACUCCUUUGGCCAAUCUUCGGAAUUGUGGGUAGCAUUUUGGGUGGCAUUUUAUAUGGGUUCUUUGCUCCUCUAAUUGCAACUUUUGAGACUGUUGGAGAAAAUGUCACUGACAAAUGCUUCCGUUGCUUUGUUGACGGUUGUUGGCCAACUAUUAAGGGAAGCUGCAUGGUGGUACGGGAUUUUACUGAUUUUUGUUUCCACUCAUAUUUCUCCUACAUGGAUGAACUGAGUGAGGAGAUGCCUGCAGAUGAGAAGCCUAUUGACAUAAGGUUAUCAAAACUACCAAGCUGUUUGUUGGUUAUCCCGCUUGCCUUGACAGUGGAUGUACCUUUUAUUACAGCUGUUGCUCUUUGGAAAGGCCCUUACAUGCUCUUCAAAGGGUGGAAGAGGCUUUUGGAAGACUUAAUUGGAAGAGAAGGACCAUUCUUGGAAACAGUAUGUGUCCCAUUUGCUGCUCUUGCCAUCAUGUUAUGGCCUCUAGCUGUGGUGGGAGCUGUGAUAAGUGCUUUCUUCGCCAGCUUCUUUCUUGGAUUAUACAGUGCAGUAAUCGUCCAGCAGGAAGACUCAUUACAGAUGGGACUUGCAUACAUUAUGGCGGUUAUUUCACUGUUUGAUGAAUAUACAAAUGAUUUACUUUAUUUGAGGGAGGGGUCCUGCUUUCCCAGGCCAAGGUACCGUCGGAACAUGAGCCCUGGUGUUAGAAAUGGCCAACAGAAUGGGAGAGAAGGCUCAUACAAUUCAAAGCUGGUUUCACAACAAUCAAGGACAUUAAAGUGGACUAUCCAACAAUCCACGCCUAUACAGGUAUGGGAUUGGCUGUUUAAAUCCUGUGAGGAGAAUGGUAGAAUCCUGCUUCGUGAGGGUCUGAUUGAUGUCAAAGACUUGGAGGAAUGCAUUGCGAAGGGAGUUUGUAAAAAGUUGGGCAUUAAACUACCUGCUUGGUCCAUUUUAGAGCGUCUUCUGGCAUCAGUGAAGUCAGAUUCAUCUGGUUUAGUAAUUUCUGACGAUACGGAAUUGAUAAUGACUAACUGGCCAAAGGACAAAGUAUUUCAGUGGUUCAUUGGUCCACUAUUGAUAAUUAAGGAGCAAAUAAAGGGACUUCAUUUAGAUGAAAAUGAAGAAAUCUGCCUGAAAAAGCUGAUUAUGCAGUGCAAGAAUGACAAACCAGAAGAGUGGGAUGACACUGAUUUUCCGUCCCGUGACAAUGUCAGAAGAGCACAGUUGCAAGCCAUUCUUAGGAGUAUCUGUGACAGGCUGCAGGGAAUUGUUGGUUCCAUGUCCCGGAUACCAACCUUCAGACGGCGUUUCAAGAAUUUGGUGAAGAUGUUGUGCAUAGACGCGAUUGAGGCCGGUAUUUUAGCCAAUGAUUUAGGAGGAAGACUGAAAACCAGACAUGGUGACAAAAACUUUCGAGAGACAAGCGAGCACAAGGUAGACGAUGGGAAUGUAGUAUGACUGUACAUUUCAAGUAGAAUUUUCCAUGAAAUAUAAUUGUGGUUCCUGGUGAAUAGUUUCUUAAUCCAGUUUCAUCAUCCAGUGUAGUUUAGGCGAAAAGAUUUGUCUAGUUUUGAGUGCAGAAAAGGGUAGUUCAAAUGAUAUUUGAAAUCAAACAGAUGCUCAGUAUGGAUAUGAUGAUAUGUUAUAAACAUUUCUAGAAAUGAGAGUAAUGUAUAGCCUGUGAUAGUGUGAUUGCUUUGUGCCUUUCAUGGGCUAACAAGGCUGUGUUUGGUUGCGCGACUUGCUUUAUGGGUUAGCCAGGUGAAAUUGUAAAAGUGAAGAAACAGAGAUGGUAGUUUUUAUUACUGGUUCAAAUCUGCAAAAUAGAUUUUGGACGCUUCAA